ACUGAGUAGAACCCAGAGACCCAUCCCAGUGCCUCCACCUCACUCACUAAUACAUGAGAGACUCAAUGACCAAAAGAUCCUGGAACUCACCAACAAGAUCAUUCAGCUGCUGACUGGAGAGGAGGAGGAGUAUAUAGAGGAACACAGGGGUCUGUACAAGGACGUGAUGAUGGAGAAUCACUGGCCCCUCACAUCACUGGAUGGGCACAGUAACAGAGAUACCCCAGAGAGAUGUCCCCGUCCUCUGUAUUCCCAGGAUUGUACAGAGGAGAAUCACAGGAUCCCACAGGAGGAUCAGGAUGAAGCCCAAUUAAAUAAUAUUAAAAUCAAAGAUACAGAGGGAGAAGAAGAGAUGUAUGUGACUGAUAUAAAGGCAGAAGAUACAGAGGGAGAAGAAGAGACGUAUGUGAAUGAUAUAAAGACAGAAGAUAUAGAGGGAGAAGAAGAGACGUAUGUGACUGAUAUGAAGGCAGAAGAUACAGAGGGAGAAGAAGAGACGUAUGUGACUGAUAUGAAGGCAGAAGAUAUAGAUGGAGAAGAAGAGACGUAUGUGACUGAUAUAAAGGCAGAAGAUAUAGAUGGAGAAGAAGAGACGUAUGUGACUGAUAUGAAGGCAGAAGAUAUAGAUGGAGAAGAAGAGACGUAUGUGAGGGGUGAUCAGCAGUAUAAGGAGGAGGAGAUCCCUACAGAUAUCAGUGAGAAGCCAUUUUCUUGCUCUGAGUGUGGGAAAUGUUUUACACGGAAAUCACAACUUGUUAGACAUCGGAGAACUCGCACAGGUGAGAAUACAUUUCCAUGUUCUGAGUGUGGGAAAUACUUCAUCAGGUGA